AUGAAUCGUUACUGCUUUCUGAUAGUACUGCUUGUCGCCACGGCGGCAGCCCAGUACCCUGCAUCCGGUUGGCGUCCGGAAGGGGCACAGUUCCGUCUUCCGGCAGAAUACGGCGCUCCGUUGCUGCUUUUCCAACCACAGCCGCAACGAGUUCAGGUUCAAAUCACUCGUGAAGAUGUCCGUUUUGCCGGCCAGCAAGUUGCAGAAGAACAACCAAGCACCACCACCCCCACAACCACCACAACCACUACCACCGUGGAGCCCGUGACCCAAUCUAACCCUUCCACGACCGCCACAACCGAGCAGCCUGAAUUGGACCCACUGAAGAUUCAGGGUUUGCCGUCCGAUCAACCAAGGGACUUCCAGCAACGUGCAAAUCUUCGCCAACAGCCCGCCGCCAUUCGUCAGCUCCCGACAAACUUUGGCCAACGUCAGUUCUUCCCUAUUAGUGGCCAGCUGCGUGUCCUUCCCCCCGUCGGUACCAACGUAUUUCAACAGCAGCAGCAAGUUGUCCAACCUCAGACCGUAGAGCAGCCGCAACAACAGGCCACUCCCGCUGAAACUUACGGACCACCGGAACAGGAACCAGAACAGCUCCCUGUUACAACCGAGCAACCGGACGUACAGCAAGAGGAUGGCGAAGAUGAUUACGACGGCGAUGAAGAACGCGGCCCAGUAGUUGCUGUUGCUAAUGCCUUCUCCGGACAAUACUAUAUCCUGGCGCCAGAUAACACCCUGCAGCGUGUCGUGUACAGCACCAUGCAAACAGAUGAAGACCGUCUGGUGAAUGGGUUUUCGGCUCAGCUGAAAUACUCGCCAGUCGAUCCGAUUCGCGAUCCGGUUUACACCUACAACGAACAGGGACAGUUGAUUCGAAUCUACAAGAAGUGAAAACGCAGCAGCUUAUUUAGCAGUUGUAUGAUUUGGUUCUCUUGCGAUUCGUCGAUUUUCUGAUAUUAUGUUAGGUCCCAAAUUAACCUAGUGGCAUAUUUGUACAUA